GUGCUCCCUAAAUUCAUGAGAUGGCCAACACCAUGCAAAUCUCCAAAGAUGAGCUGGAGGAACUCAAGGAGGCCUUUGCCAAAGUUGACCUCAACAGCAACGGGUUCAUCUGCGACUAUGAGUUGCAUGAGCUCUUCAAGGAAGCCAACCUGCCUCUCCCUGGGUACAAAGUGAGAGAGAUUAUCCAGAAGCUCAUGAUCGACAGCGACAAGAAUAAAGAUGGGAAGAUUAGUUUUGAAGAGUUCGUCUAUAUUUUCCAAGAGGUGAAAAGCAGCGAUAUCGCUAAAACAUUCCGAAAAGCCAUUAACAGGAAGGAAGGAAUCUGUGCCAUCGGGGGAACCUCGGAGCUCUCCAGUGAGGGGACGCAGCACUCCUACUCAGAGGAAGAAAAAUAUGCCUUUGUAAACUGGAUAAACAAAGCUCUGGAAAAUGAUCCCGACUGCAGGCACGUUAUUCCAAUGAACCCAAAUACAGAUGACCUGUUCAAAGCUGUGGGAGAUGGGAUUGUGCUAUGCAAAAUGAUCAAUCUUUCUGUUCCGGACACCAUUGAUGAAAGAGCAAUUAACAAGAAGAAACUCACACCAUUCAUAAUUCAGGAGAACCUGAACCUGGCGUUGAAUUCCGCAUCCGCCAUCGGGUGUCAUGUUGUCAAUAUUGGUGCAGAGGACUUGAGGGAAGGGAAACCCCACCUGGUCCUUGGGCUUCUCUGGCAGAUCAUUAAGAUCGGCUUGUUUGCCGACAUCGAGCUCAGCAGAAAUGAAGCACUGGCUGCCUUACUUCGUGAUGGUGAAAAUCUGGAGGACCUUAUGAAGCUGUCCCCAGAAGAGCUGCUCCUAAGAUGGGCCAACUACCACUUGGAAAACGCAGGCUGGCACAAAAUCAAUAACUUCAGCUCGGAUAUCAAGCUUACAGAUUUCGGUAAUUCAGUAAAGGAUUCCAGAGCUUAUUUCCACCUCCUCAAUCAAAUUGCACCUAAAGGGCAGAAAGAAGGAGAGCCUCAGAUCGAUAUUAACAUGUCGGGUUUCAACGAAAAGGACGAUUUGCGGAGAGCAGAGUACAUGCUUCAGCAGGCAGAUCGGCUGGGCUGCCGGCAGUUCGUCACACCGGCUGAUGUGGUCAGUGGCAAUCCCAAACUGAACCUGGCCUUUGUUGCCAACCUGUUCAACAAGUACCCAGCACUUACCAAGCCUGAAAACCAGGACAUCGACUGGACCCUACUGGAAGGAGAAACGCGUGAGGAACGGACCUUCCGCAACUGGAUGAACUCCCUUGGGGUGAACCCCCAUGUAAAUCACCUCUAUGGCGAUCUCCAAGAUGCACUGGUAAUACUACAGUUAUAUGAAAAGAUCAAAGUUCCUGUUGACUGGAAUAAGGUUAACAAACCUCCGUACCCUAAGCUUGGAGCAAAUAUGAAAAAGCUAGAAAACUGUAACUACGCUGUAGACUUGGGAAAGCAUCCGGCUAAAUUCUCCCUGGUUGGCAUUGGAGGACAGGAUCUGAAUGACGGAAACCCAACGCUGACACUGGCCUUAGUCUGGCAGUUGAUGAGAAGGUACACGCUGAAUGUCCUGGAGGACCUGGGUGACGGUCAGAAAGCUAACGAUGACAUUAUAGUCAGCUGGGUAAACCAGACCCUGAAAGAAGCUGGCAAGUCCACCUCCAUACAGAACUUCAAGGACAAGACUAUCAGCACAAGCUUGGCAGUCGUGGACUUAAUUGAUGCUAUACAGCCUGGUUGUAUCAACUAUGACCUUGUAAAGACCGGUCAUUUAUCGGAAGAUGACAAACAAAAUAACGCUAAGUACGCUGUGUCCAUGGCAAGAAGAAUUGGUGCCAGAGUUUAUGCUCUUCCAGAAGACCUCGUGGAGGUGAAACCGAAGAUGGUCAUGACCGUGUUCGCCUGCUUGAUGGGCAGAGGAAUGAAGCGAGUAUAAAAGGGUUGAUCCAUGUAAAGGAAAUAAAAAAACAACCAAGAAAACGCAACAAAAACCCAACCUGCCACCCUGGGUGCAUGAGUAGCAGAUCAGCUGUGACCACGUUGAAAUGCUGUUGGCCUAGGAACUGUUGAAGUUCAAAAGGACUUUGUUUUGCUUUGCAAGACAAACUCUUAUCAAAAUUCUCAGGGAGAGGAGUUUUAACCAACAGACGUGCUCUUUUCCCAAAGGAAAGUUUAACUUACCAAGAGCUCACAGAAAUGCAUUCAUAACAGACCUGCAGCUUGCAAUACCGCUCUGGAGCUGUGUUUUUACCCCAUUAUUUCUGAGAUACUUGGGGCGUGGGUGAUUU